AUGAAGCUUCAAUCAAAUCAAGAUAGAUACGAGCGACAUCAGGAUUUUGAGGGUUUAACGGCCAGGAAAGUCAGCAGUUCCAAAGUUAAAUCAGAAAAGUACCGACGUCGCAUUGGAUAUUUUACACCAAAGAGCUUCAUAAACUCUGACCACUUGAAGCGUGACUUCCUGGUUCUUCACAGACAGAGUGGAUUCCAGACCCUGGACUCCGAAAAGUCGGCUAAACGUCAGUGGAUCGGCGUGUCAGGCGCUGCAGAUGAACGAAGAAGGCAACUAAUGCAUGACGUUAUUUGGACUGAAGAAACCCUUGCUUGGCAGGAUGGCCAGGCCUAG